UUGAUAAUAGAGUCAACUACCUAAUUUACUACGAGACUAAUAAUUAGUUCAUACUUGUCAACAGUAUAAAAUGAUACGAGUUGCCGAAUUUUGGCAAUCUGUUGUAGUAUCUUGUGUGCUCGACUGUUUAUUAAGUUUACUAAUUUGAAUAAAAUGGCUAAAGUAUCGGUGUUAUUUUGCUCUCUGUACGUUCUCGUGUUGACGUCGUACUCUAUGGCUAUGACAGAAGACCAGAGGAACAUAAUAAGGCAGCAUUUUCGCGAAAUGGGUAUGAAGUGUAUGAACGACAACCCUAUAACUGCAGAGGACAUCACCGCACUGAAAUCUAGGCAAGUGCCUACUGGGCCUAACUCGCCUUGUUUCUUAUCGUGCGUGCUCAAAUUAACCGGCAUGAUGGAUAGCAACGGUAUGCUGCAGAAAGAAACAAUGCUUGAAUUGGCAAAGAAGGUGUUCAACGAUCCUGAGGAAUUGAAGUUGAUCGAGGAUUACCUGCAUUCCUGCUCGCACAUAAAUGGCGAGGUAGUGAGCGACGGAGACAAGGGAUGUGAGCGCGCUAUGCUCGCGCACAAAUGCAUGGUGGCAAACGCUGCUCAGUUUGGAUUCGACGUGUAAAAACCACGGAAGAAGGAUUCACCCGUAACGACCGCUAUAAUCGUCAAAUGGCUCAUUGAUCACAGAUUUAUCUGUCACUGUUAACAAAUUUCAUUAUACACUUUUAAAUUAAUAUAGGUACCUAUGCUGUUGACAAAGUGUCUUAUUUUUA